UCUGCAGCACCCCGGCAGUGAUAUCAGACACAGGAUCUGGCAGCUGUGGGGUAAGCUACCACCUCGCCACUCCACCACUCAGAGCAGCCUGGAUCUCCAGCUCGAAGGGGAGAGCGAGCCAGCAGCGGCAAUCAUGGCAACGUCAAAUGGUUUUAUUUCUUCAUGACCUCUCUCUUCUCCUCUCUCACAUCAAUAAUUCACCUGAGGGCUUUUUUUUUUUCCCACCCAGCCCCCUCCUUCUCACUCUCUUUUUUGAUGUGGAGAGAGGGGAGAAAAGGGGGCACCGGAAAGUGUUUAUUUUGUUCGGCAGCUUUUUGCGGCGUGUUUUAAAGAGCUGGUGAAAGGACUCGGGGAAAGAAAGAAAGAAGGAAAAAAAAAAAAAAGCACAAAGUGGUGGCGGGAGGGAGGAGGAGAAGAGAAGAACGAGAGAAAAAGAGAGGCAGAGGGAAGAAGCCGGAGGACACAAGACUUUCAGCGCGGCGUUGCCGGGCGGUGCGGGUGUGUGCGUGUGUGCGUGUGCGUGUGCGUGUGUGUGUGUGUGUGUGCGGGGAGCGGCUGCCGCUGCUGCCGGCGGUGCCUCCCGCUGGUGCGCGGCGCGGUGGCCGGAGCGGGGCGCGGAGCGGCGGCGCGGGCGGCCGCGGGUGCCGACCAUGGGCUGGCGGCUGCUGCCCGCCGUGCUGCUGGCCCUGGCGCUGGGCGGCCCCGCGGCGCGGGCGCAGAACGACACGGAGCCCAUCGUCCUGGAGGGCAAGUGCCUGGUGGUCUGCGACUCCAACCCGGCCACCGACGCCAAGGGCUCGUCCUCCUCCCCGCUGGGCAUCUCCGUGCGGGCGGCCAACUCCAAGGUCGCCUUCUCGGCCGUGAGGAGCACCAACCACGAGCCCUCCGAGAUGAGCAACAAGACGCGCAUCAUCUACUUCGAUCAGAUCCUAGUAAAUGUGGGCAAUUUUUUCACGUUGGAGUCUGUCUUUGUAGCACCAAGAAAAGGAAUUUACAGUUUCAGUUUUCACGUAAUUAAAGUCUAUCAGAGUCAAACAAUUCAGGUUAAUUUGAUGCUAAAUGGAAAGCCAGUCAUUUCUGCUUUUGCUGGGGACAAGGACGUCACACGUGAAGCUGCCACUAAUGGAGUCCUGCUCUAUUUAGACAAGGAGGAUAAGGUUUACCUGAAAUUGGAGAAAGGUAAUCUGGUCGGUGGAUGGCAGUAUUCGACGUUUUCUGGCUUUCUGGUCUUUCCCCUGUAAAGUCAAUUUUCCUGUGACAUUCAUCCAGGUGUGGACUCAUCAUUGCCUCUGUUACAUGAAGACCAUUUUAUCAUCAUGGGAUUGAUGUUUCUUUAUUGGUUUUUCAUGGGUGAAUAUGGAUUCUCUUUAUGGAUUUUGGCCCCAUCUGAACUACUCAGAAGUUUCACAGAAUUUUGUGUGUUUAAAUACAAUAUAUUUGGAUUGAGACUAAAGCAGACAAUAAAUAUCUAUGCUUAAUGUUACGGUCUAAAGCUGCCUGCAAGAUUUAUUCAGAUUUCCUUUACUGGACUUACUGGAUUCAUGGGAGAAGUGGAUUUUCUUUAAUUAUGAAAAGACUGGCAACCGGGUCUAUAAUUUAGGAGUGUUUGAGUUCAGACUUCAAUCAAGAGUUAGUGUGUUGCUGCCAAAGAACUGUAUAUUGAUAUGUUGGUCAUACAUGUUUUUGUCAUUGGACUUAAGUGACACGAUCUAUUCCAUUGUCUUGAGAAAGGUAAUUAUUAUUGAUAAGUGGUUGACUUUAAUUCUCCUCUGCGUGUAGUGUGUUGGAUGGUUCACCCACAUAUUUAUGCUCUGUCACCGGUCGCAAUCAAGUCUAGCUUACAUAAAGCUAAGCGGUUCUGGUUGUAUUUUAGUUGGAUAUGUAAGGUAUUCCUCUUUUCCACGUGCUGUUUUCUAAAAAGAAGAGCAGAUUAUAACCAUUAAGAAAAAUACUCUUACCAGGGUUAAAGGUGAUCAUUCAGGCACAACUUUGCAAAACAGCUUUGCCCUGCAGGAAGUCUCACACUUGUUCUUCAGUUUUAAUUAAUGUGAUUGAUAAUAACUGCUUUAUUAAAAACCUAAGGGAUUCCUUCCUUUGACACAACCACUUUAUUAGCUGGAGAUGAGAUCCCCUUGUUUGUAAUUAUGUCUAUUUUUCAAACCUUCUGUUGUGUUAAAGGUAUCAUCUGGUUUUGCCUUAACUCCACAAGUGUAUAUAAUUUUAGAUCACAUGUUUAACAAAUAUUAAAUCCAAAUAGCCGGUACCUAACUUGGUGCAAUACCUUUUCGGCUUUUUGUACAGGUCAUAUGAAUUCAUAAACUUAUUUAUUAUAUCAUUGUUACAUAAUAAAGAUGAAUACAUGUUAGCUGAAUUUUUGACCUUUGGAUUUUGGAAGUCACUUCAUGCUAUUUUUUUAUUGGAUAUAAUAAUUAUAUGCAAAGCGUAAGCUUUUGGGAUUCACAGAAACUGGCCUGGGAGGCAGGCAAACUGUCACAGUUUAGUCUGGCAGAAUCCUAGAGGUAAUCAGAAUGCUCUAGAAAUAACCUAUGCAUUUUAUUUAGAAAACAUUUAGGCAGAAAUCCUGGCUUCACUGAAGUUAGUGUUAAGAAUCACAUUGAUUCCAAAGGCUUUUGGAUGAGACCUGUGCUUUAGGUUUUGCCAUCAGCAUUAAACUCCAGUGCAAUCAAAUUGAAUAUAAAUUAAAAAUGAUUUUCACAUGAACUGCUAAGGAAACCUCCAUCCCUCAUGCCCAAAAUAUACCCUGAAUUCAAUGGAUAUUUGUGCCUUGCAAUAUCAUGAAGGAUACAAUUCUAAAUUAAAACACCUGAGAAACAUUUUGGAUGGAAGAAUCCAGCAAUCUGGGACCUUCUCUAAAAGCCAGCCUGGGCUUGGAUUUCCAGUUUUAGGUAAUGUGUCUCCAGUUUCUUCACUCGUUAGCUAAGUGCAGUGUAUCAUAGUGCUCUAACCGCUGUAAAUGGAUAUUUCGCUGAUUUAACGUCUAAUGCAUGGCUGGUUGAUGCUCCUGAUCAAAAAGUCAAGGAAUCAGUGGCACAGAAUUGUGCCCAAAUUCCCUAUUUUUCUGGACCCAACAUACAGGAUUUUUGGCUGAAUUUCAGGAAGAUAGGUGGGUACGUUUGCACCCCUGUGGGAUAAGUCAAAUGAGGAGGCAAUUUGUUAGCCACAGUAGCGUUUCUGCACAGAACACUGCAGUUUAGGAGGAAGCGGAAAGACACAGCAAGAGGGCCAACGGUUUACAUCGCUGGAAAAUAUAAAAAAAGUUUUCCAUUAUGAUUAAUGAAAAUGUAUAUCUCCACUGUACCCCAAAAAUGUGUGUGUAUAUAUAUGUAUAUGUAAAAACCCUGGGAUUGCAGCACAUAAUAUGCAUGAUAUUAUAAAAAGGUUAUUUGUCAUAAGAGUUUAUUUCAGAGAGGAACAUCGGUAUUUCAUCUAGAAUCGAUAAAAUCUGAAAGCUCACCUUACCCGCUGGUAUGUAUGUAAUGUAGAGGAAAUAUUGUUCCUACACAGACAGAAGGAAAAUGGGAUUAAAGGUGUCAGUACACUUUUCAGAAUGAUCAGAUGUAUCUGACUUCUUUAGUUUGUAAACAUACAAUCUUGAAAAGCUGCCUUUAGCAUUCAGCAAUAAUACUGACCUAUCUUAAUAUACGGUUGAUUUCCCUUUGGCAAAACAUUUCUGAUUGCUUCAGAGUCAUUAACAGUUACUGAAACUUUAACUAGAGAGUCUAGGAAGUUAUUCAAUUAAGGAUAUACGUUCUGAUGGAAAUGUCCUAAAUGUUUCUUCUCAGUCUCUAAAAUCGGAAUUACCAACUAAUUAUUUUCCUAGUUAAAGGAAGAAAAAAGUUUGAGAGGAGUCGCUGCGGAGCAGCUCGUGUUACCUUGUCCCAGCGCUGAGGACUCCACUCAGAGGUGGCCUCUGGAGAUGGGCAACGCACGCCCCUUCUCCUGGCGCACGUUUAAACAUUUUAAUAAGAAUGAAAUAUGGGGUUUUUAGACUAGAACUUGAGCUACUUUCUAGAUCUUGAGCUCAUUUUCAUUGUAUUGUCCAUGCUUCAGUUAUGUCAGUAGAGUUUCUCCCCGAGGAGCUAAGCUAGCCUAGGUGGAGCUGGGACUGGAAACUACUGUUUGUCUUCUCUCGCUUUCCUCAUUCCUUUUCCUUCUGUCUUCCCACGUUACUGCUGCAGUCCUCGUCUUGUUCAGAAGCAACAGCUCAGGAGACGCUUCAAAUUUCAAAGGGUAUUUAAGAUUAGAGGUUUGAUUUAUUUAUUUUUUUUUAAAGAACUUUAAACUCCAUUGAGCUGCACUGUAAAGGUUAGAGCCGAAUUUCUGAUCCCGUUGAAUUCAAUGACGCUAGUCUUAUUGAUUUUUAGGAGCGUGGAAUUUCCCACUCUGUGUGUACCCCUGCUGCAGAACACGCCGAGGAUCCAUACCAGCAGCCUUCAACAUACGCCCACUUUGCAGUCACCUUUGUAGCUUAUAUGGAAGGUUGAAUAUGCAAGAAAAAACUUUCUGGCCAUGCAUUGUAAAGAGAAAAAAAAAAAGUUACUUUCUGAGAAUGACUUAUAUAUUGUUAUUAUCAGUGAUCUCUUUACGAAGGAGAUCAGCAUUUUUACAAUUUAAUCUAUAUUUUAUUUAUAUUUAUAUUUAAAUUCACAUUUUAUUAUAAAACUA